GUUCGGGCAGAACUCAGAAUCGAGCUCUCUAAAACACAUUGGAAAGACGGAACGUAAAUUUUUUGUACACUUUUUUCAUUUUCGGCAUUCGGCUUUAUCUUUUGUCUCGUAACUUUCCAAUCGAGAAGUCGCAGGAUUUCGAAGAGAAUCAAACGAAAUCAAGGGGAAAUAAAAGAUAAUAGCCAUUAGUAAAUUCGUAGUGUGGAUAGAGAAAAAUAUAGAGAAGCCACCAUGAACCAGACACAGAAUCUCAACAAAUCCCUGAAUCUGCUGGACAAAACGCUUCCGAUUUCCGUGGUCACUGCUCCAGAAUUGCGAGCUCGUCGACAGUUCAGCUUCAAUGGAUUGCAGUACGAGAUGAGUGGGCUGUUGCCACGACCGCCUCCUCAGCAGAUGCGCAGCAGAUUCUCCAGACUUCGAGCAGGUGGAGUGGAAUUGGAAGCAGGGAAAGGAAAAGCAGGGAAAGAAGGACUUGGAGCUGGAGUUGGAGUCUCCAAGGAGAGAAUGCAGAGUGUUGGCUCCAGCCAAAUCAUCGCCAGCAAAUCCUUCGUGGAAUCGGCUGGCGGCGAUGGUGGCCCACCUUCAGCGGAUCAGAAACGAGUUCUGCCCAAACGAGUGCACUUGGGUGAGCGAGCCUCGCCGACUAACGCAGGCAUUCGGAUGCCCAGGGUGCCAAGUGAGCUGGAGCUGCCAAAGGAAGUGUCUCGAAAACCUCAAUCGAUUUAUGGCAGCCAAACGGACUUGCGGAGCAAGAGGAUGAAGUACGAAGAGGACUUGAAAAGGGAACAGUAUCGGGAACACUUGAGGAGGGAGAGGAAGGAGCGCCGCAAGCAGAUACAGAUGGAACUGGAGGGCAGUAAAUCGUACGAGAGUGCCGAGGGUGACCUUGCCGCCCAGCAGAGCUGGCUGUUGGCCCAAUCCCUGCUGAGGGCCUACGGGAGUGGACUGGUCCAGUCGCCGGCCGGCGAGGGAAGCGCCGCCAAGAUGGACUACAUCACACUGGCCGGUCUGGUGCUCGGCUGCCUGGCAUCCCAUGUGCUCUUCCUGCUCUGCUGGUACUUCAGCUGGCUGAAGAACCAGGCGGUGGGGAUGCGGCGGCGCUUCCUGGGCAACGCCAAUCUGUGGGAGUUCUUCGACCUGGAGGACACCAGCCGGUACUCGGUGCAGACCAAACUGGUGCUGGCACCGCUGAUCGUCGUCUGCGGCCUGCUCUACUGUGUGGUCAACAUGCUGCAUCUGGUGGUGCAGGUGGUGCGAUCGGAUGUGCCGCGCACAGUGGUUGUCUUUGUCCAGCGGGUGGCGAACAGCGGACUGAUCGGAACGAUAGCCAUGGCAUUGGCCGGAAUCGGAAUCGGAGUCGGAGGUGCCGGAGGAGAAGCUUUGCGGGGACGCCAACAGAAGCCAGCGAUGUCUUAAGCCACGUUCUUUGUCCCCGAAAGAUCAAGGAAUAUGAAUAUUGGAUCUGAUUCCACAUCUAACAGCCUGAUUUAAACCGAUUGCUACCUGGUCAUUCAUCGUGUGUUGGUGGCUAAUUAGCAAUAAAACAAACACAACUAAAAUAUUGGGUCA